CCAGAGGGCUCCCGCCAUAGCACCUUAAGACUGGGUGGCGCAGACCCCCAGCGGCCGGAUGGGGGCGCAGGCGGCGACAAUCAGUUAUGAGGCGGCUUCGACGAAAAGGAUCCUGGCUUCCUGGGCAGCGCGUCCACCCCGGAGUGCCCCACCCUCACCCCAGGCGGGGCUGCGGCUCACUGCCUGGCGUGGGGGCGGGAGCGCGACAGGGACUUAACCAGUGCUGUGUUUGGUGGUGGUGGUGGUGGUGCGAGCAGGUAGGGGUACUACCCAUUUUGGCCAAGGGUCACACAUUUACAUCACAAUUGGACCGGAGUUUUAAAAUGUCGGGCCCUCUCCCUCUCCACCACCUGCGGCUGCUCUGUCCAGACGGAGAAUGUUCUAGCGCUGGGGGCCGCUGCGGAUGAAGUCCUUGGUGGGAAAAGGACCGGGUCAAGGGCGAUGGUGGAGUAGAGCUGCCUCACAGAGGCAGCAUGAGCUGAGAGGGUGAUAGGAAGGAAGGAGGCAUUAGACAGCAUGGAGGACUUUCUGCUCUCCAAUGGGUACCAGCUGGGCAAGACCAUUGGGGAAGGGACCUACUCAAAAGUCAAAGAAGCAUUUUCCAAAAAACACCAAAGAAAGGUGGCAAUUAAAAUUAUAGACAAGAUGGGAGGGCCAGAAGAGUUUAUCCAGAGAUUCCUGCCUCGGGAGCUCCAGAUUGUCCGUACCCUGGACCACAAGAAUAUCAUCCAGGUGUAUGAGAUGCUGGAGUCUGCAGACGGGAAAAUCUACCUGGUGAUGGAGCUGGCUGAGGGAGGGGAUGUCUUUGACUGCGUGCUGAAUGGGGGGCCAAUGCCUGAGAGCCGGGCCAAGGCCCUCUUCCGUCAGAUGGUCGAGGCCAUCCGCUACUGCCAUGGUUGUGGAGUAGCCCAUCGGGAUCUCAAGUGUGAGAACGCCUUGUUGCAGGGCUUCAACCUGAAGCUGACUGACUUUGGCUUCGCCAAGGUGUUGCCCAAGUCACGCCGGGAGCUGAGCCAGACCUUCUGCGGCAGCACAGCCUAUGCCGCCCCUGAGGUGCUGCAGGGUAUUCCCCAUGACAGCAAGAAGGGGGACGUCUGGAGCAUGGGCGUUGUCCUCUACGUCAUGCUCUGUGCCAGCCUACCUUUUGACGACACAGACAUUCCCAAGAUGCUGUGGCAGCAGCAGAAGGGGGUGUCCUUCCCCACUCAUCUGGGCAUCUCGGCUGAAUGCCAGGACUUGCUUAAGCAGCUCCUGGAACCGGACAUGAUCCUCAGGCCUUCAAUCGAAGAAGUUAGUUGGCAUCCAUGGCUAGCAAGCACUUCAUAAAAGCAAUGGCAAGUCCUCUCCAAUAAAGCAGGGGGAGAAAGCAAACCCAAAAACCCGCUUCUAAAAUGGUGAUAUAUAUUUUACACUUUUAAGUUUAUUUAUCCUAAAACUUGGUUACACCCUCCCCAGCCUUCUCUUUCCCUUUAAAGAUCUUCAUGGAACCAGAGGGUCUCAUUCAGACUUCCCUUUUAUUACUGCUGACAAGUGAUUUUCAUACAAGUGUUUUAACUAAAGUUAAUUAAAAAUAGACCCCAGAAUUAUACACAUACAGGGGGAGGAGAGAACAAUGACCAAGAGCAACUGGAGCCACUGUUGCUGCAACUUCCUUUCCAAAUAAAAGCAGAAGUGUUGGGACUGCAGAGUUGGCCUUUUGACUCCUUGUCUUGGUCACAGGCCUGUUGGGGGCCCUGUCCAUUCCUCAUCCCAAGGGCCAAACUGAGUCUGGGAUGAGGACAAGGGACUUACUCAGGACCCAGGCUAGUCCCCCCACCAUUCCCCUCGCCCAGAUUCCAAGCCAGGAAGCCACUCUGCACAGGGCAUGAGUCCUGCCCUGGCUCCAGGGCAGCUGCCGUUGGGGACAAAAACACCCCCAGACACCUUCCAGCUUUUGUUGAAUUUCUUUAAUGCUGUUAACGGCAAGUCUGGAAAAGGUUCAGGACAAAGUUCUUUUUUCUUUCUUUUUUAAUUACAAAACUAACAGCUGUUGGAAUCUUUGUUUUUUACUUUUUUUUCCUUUUUUCUUUUCCCGGCUACAAAAUACUCUGGGGAGAUGCAUUAUAAUUUAAAAUAUAUAAUAUUGCACAAACAACCAAAAGAUUAAUUAAACUAAAGAAAUAAUUACAAAGAGAAAAACCCCAUCCCAUCAAAGAUUCAGCAUUCUCUCCGUCCUACCCCCUCACUGAAGGUUUGAAGUGGAAGUGACCACCGCUCUCGGCAUCCCUGACCACGAUCCCAUUAAAUCAUUGGUGAACACACCAGACUAUGUACGUACAAGAAUCACCAGAGCAGCGUCGUGAAGCACCAGGGUCUCCAGGAAUUCCCGCAGCCCCUCAUUCCCCCACGAGAGGUGCAUCUUUACCAGAGUGGAGGAUGAGAGCCACAAAGACUGGGUCUGUCUUCAGGGAGAAGAGCUUUUGCAGAAGUCUGAUGAGAGUCUCAGGAAGUUCAUCCCAGCACACCCCUUCAAGAAACAGAAGGGCUGAGGCGGAGAAGUUGGGCUUACUAGAGUCGUGAAUGCUCGGCUUUGAUCACUGCUCCGUACUGCUGGGAGGUGGCUUGUGUCCUCAUGUCCAGGGGAGUUGAGAUGGGUAGCUGGCUGCACAAGGUACCCCACCAGACAACACACAGCAGGUUUGAAGCUGCCCUUCCCUUCUUGAGGAAGGGAGGAAAA